GUUGUCGUUUGCUCAUUGUUGUCCUGGCUGUGCUUCUUCCUUCUGGUUAGACGAACUGCUCUGUUCCUAGACCCGCGGCUCGUUUCUGCUCCUCAAGAGCAGGUGUCCGCGUCUUCACCAUAGCUGGUGUCCACAUGUUCAUCAGAGCUCGUGUCCGAGGCUUCAGCAGAGCUACUGUCCACACUUUCGUCAGAGCUAAUGUUCACAGGAUCAUCCAUGCGAGCUCCCCUCAUGCUCAGCAGUGGUGGAAACCUAAAAUAACGUAGAUUAUCAAUAAACAUAGAGUGAUCAAGUCACAAUACUGUGUUGACGUGUAAAUCUGCUAGAGGUUUUGAAUGGUACUUUACACCACCAAAUUAGAAUUUGUGUAUAUAUAUCUCAUUGUACAAACUAAGACACCGUUUUUUGACUAAAGGAGAUUAUGUUUACUAUCAUAUGUACUUGCCCACAACGGGUCUUUUAUCAUCGAGGCUGGUUACAGUCAUGAUCAGUUGAUGAUUUUAAAAUAUUUUUA